GAAAAUGAUAUGCUCCAUUGAGAUGACAAUGAUAUGCUCCAUGGAGAUGACAAUGACAUGCUCCACUGAGAUGACAAUGACAUGCUCCAUGGAGAUGACAAUGACAUGCUCCAUGGAGAUAACAAUGACAUGCUCAAUGGAGAUGACAGUGACAUGCUCCAUUGAGAUGACAAUGACAUGCUCCAUUGAGAUGACAAUAACAUUCUCCAUGGAGAUGACAAUGACAUGCUCCAUGGAGAUAACAAUGACAUGCUCAAUGGAGAUGACAAUAACAUGCUCCAUGGAGAUGACAAUGACAUGCUCCAUUGAGAUAACAAUGACAUGCUCCACUGAGAUGACAAUGACAUGCUCCAUGGAGAUGACAAUGACAUGCGCCAUGGAGAUAACAAUGACAUGCUCAAUGGAGAUGACAGUGACAUGCUCCAUUGAGAUGACAAUGACAUGCUCCAUGGAGAUAACAAUGACAUGCUCCAUGGAGAUAACAAUGACAUGCUCCAUGGAAAUGACAAUGACAUGCUCCAUGGAGAUAACUAUGAUAUGCUCCAUUGAGAUAACAAUGACAUGCUCCAUGGAAAUGACAAUGACAUGCUCCAUGGAAAUGACAAUGACAUGCUCCAUGGAGAUAACAAUGACAUGCUCCAUGGAAAUGACAAUGACAUGCUCCAUGGAAAUGACAAUGACAUGCUCCAUGGAGAUAACAAUGACAUGCUCCAUGGAGAUAACAAUGAUAUGCUCAAUGAAGCACAUUAUACUCCAAUGCUGUGGAAUCAAAUAGAAAUCUAUCUUAAGAAUGUACAGAUUGCCUAAUUUUCAUCAUCUGACCAUCAUCAUCUUAUCAAUUCAUCCUCAUCAGCAUCAUCAUGUCUGUUGAAUAAAUGUUUCCAAAUUGUUAAUUGAGUCACUUGUUCAUAUAGUAAAAACACUAUACAGAUAUUGGGAGUUACAUGGAGAAGAUAUGGAACCAGUCCUUUGUAAAAUCCUCUAGUCCGUUCAU